AUGAACGCGGUGGGAGAGGGUUCUGGAACGUCGUCGCUGUCGCCGACGGGGACACAUACACACGGGCAGGAGAAUGAGGAUGGGCCUGACUCCCGGUUGGGUUCGGUUAUUGAAUCUCAAGGGAAGACCAACGAGGGUGGUACGCGAGCCGUCCUUGAGGAGAGGACGAAUGGACUAAAGAGCGGUCAGUCCGCCCCAUUAUUGCCAGAGCAGGGUCUCGGCAUCGUUCUUGAGCACUCUUCCAAACCAGGCGUGGACGGUUCGAGCAGUACAUCGGUGGUAGACGUUCUGGAUGGUCCGGGAAUCAGUGCUGCAUUGCGGUCUCUCGCUUCACAAGACGUCUCGCCGCGCAGUUUGCAGGAGGGUGAUCAGGUCUUGAAGUUGUCUCUGGCAAAACCACAGGAGCCGGUCUCAUCGCCCGAAUCCAAUGUACCCCAGCCAGCAAUGCCAGAAAGCAACCAGCAUCGACGGUCAGUGCCGGAAACUGUCGAAAGGCAAUCGGGGCAGUCAAGUGCAGACCUGCGACAGCAGCGCCAACAGCAUCAGCCUCCUUUAGACGAGGCCAAGGGCUUAGAAGCCCCAUUCCCAUCCAAGAUAGCAAAUGGGCCCCGAACAAGACCACAUGCUUCACGCACCAUUUCUACACCGACUUCGUCGCACCGACAAAUGCCUACGUUUACCAACGAGCGGUUGGCAUCCACCUGGUCGUCGAGAUGGAAGCCGGAUCGUCCUUCCAUCUCUCGCAUUGACGCUGAUCCCAAAAUUAAUCAUCCUACUCCAUCAGCGCCGCCGCUGGCUGAGCCGCUAUCAUCUUCUAUCCCUCCCGGGAUUCCUCUCCCGCCCCUUUCCAUCCCUACGUAUCUGCAACUCGAGCUUGCCUCGGGUCGACCGUCUCCAUUGUAUAUUUACCGCUCAAGUGCGAGCGAUUUUCCUUACGAGUCGUCGCGGGUGAAGCUCGAACGCUUGAUGAAUUUCUUGAUGAUACCCCCGGUGUUGGAGCAAGUACUCUGGUUUGGGGCCCUGGCGUGUCUGGACUCGUGGCUCUAUUCGUUUACAAUCCUCCCUUUGCGCUUUAUCAAAGCUCUCUAUAUUCUUAUUACCUCUUGGGUCGCAAAUAUGGGCUUCGAAAUUCAGUCUAUAUCGGGCUUUGUCGUCAAGGGUGUUGGGAGAGUGUGGCGCAGACGAUCUAAGGGAUCCUUCUCUGCCGAGACUUCUACAGAGGCUGGAACAAGAUCUCGAAAUCCCUCUAGUGGAUCCAUCAAACCGCUGGAGACGUUACCGGCGGAUCGAGAUGUGAACUCGAAGCCAAUGGAAUCCACGAAGCGUCACCGGCGCUCGGAGACGCGCAAACACCGCCGACAAAAGUCGAUCCCAUCUGCGCUCCUACCGGAAGACAAGGCCGAUAUCCUCAAAGGCCUGCUCAUGAUCUUCACAUGUUGUGUGUUGAUGUUCUUCGAUGCCAGCCGGAUGUACCAUUGGAUCCGUGGACAGGCCGCGAUCAAGCUAUACGUGAUCUACAACGUGCUGGAAGUGAGCGACCGGCUAUUUGCAGCGAUCGGUCAGGAUGUGUUAGAGUGUCUCUUCUCCCGUGAGGCGCUGGAACGCAAGCCUGACGGCCGCAGCAAGGUCUCCCGUCCUUUCUGUCUCUUCCUGUUGGCGCUGGUCUACACGGUGGUCCAUUCGACCGCCCUAUUUUACCAGGUGAUGACGCUAAACGUCGCUGUGAACUCGUACUCGAACGCGCUGAUCACAUUGCUCUUGUCGAACCAGUUCGUGGAGAUCAAAUCGACCGUGUUCAAGAAAUUCGAAAAGGAGAACCUCUUUCAGCUCACGUGCGCGGACGUGGUCGAGCGCUUCCAGCUAUGGCUAAUGCUAACUAUCAUCGCGUCGCGCAACAUCGUCGAGACAGGGACCUUCAAUUUCUUCGGCAGCCUGGGCUCGCUGGGUCUCGGCGGCGGCAGCAGCGCAUGGACUGGCAGCACCAACAGCACCCCCUUAUCCACCCCGCCGCGUACAGCGGCAUCCAUCCUCCCACAGGCGUUCACCAUGUUCCCGACCUACUUGUUUUCUUCGGUCAGCAGUGGUGCGAACUCCUUCCUGCCGACAGUGGCGCAGGUGCUAGGCCCGUUCCUGGUGGUGCUGGGUUCGGAGAUGCUGGUCGACUGGCUAAAGCAUGCGUACAUUGGCAAGUUCAACAACACGCGGCCCAAGAUUUACGGCCGCUUCCUUGAUAUCCUGGCCAAGGACUAUUACACAAACGCCUUUGCAGACCAGAACUUGACGCGCCGGCUGGGCCUGCCGGUCAUCCCACUUUCGUGUCUUUUCUUCCGCGUCUCGGUACAGACGUACCAGAUGUUCUUGGCCGCGUGGCUCCCGCAACCUCCUUCAUCCUCCUCAUCGUCUUUCUCGUCAGUUUCCGUUGCAGCGACUACGCUAGCCACGAUCCAAAGCAACCGCCACUCGUCAGUCGCGCUACCGUCUGCAACCCCGCUGACACUGUCGACGGUGAUCCCAGCAUCCAUGGCGCAUGUGAAUUCCUUCCUACGCACGAUGCUGGCGAACGCGAUCCCCUCCCCCGCGCAGUCGGUACGGAUUUUCACCGUCCUGUUGAUCUUGACCGGGUUCGUGAUUCUAUUGAUCCUGAAACUACUGCUCGGCAUGGUCCUGCUGGCGUUUGCUCGAUCUCGGUACCGCGCCAUGAAAGAGACAGAGACCAGCCUUCCGCCAACGAGCACCCCACAACCAACAUCUCAACUGACCAGCACGGCCCCGCGUCGCGAGUACGUCGUCGAGGGCAGCCGGCGGGUGGGUGGAUGGGGCGUGGUGGAAGUCAACGAAGACAAGCGGCGGUGGAUCUACUCGGACGAUGCAGAGGGUCUGCGGCGCCUGAAGGAGAAGGAGGAACGGGACAAGAGCGGCAAGGAGGGAGUGAACAUGGAGCUGGUGUCGCGGUAUGAGAUGGUGGCCAAGCGGAUUUGGUAA